UUCAUUGACAAAACAUUAAGUCGAUGCAGAAGAUUACGGGACGUGGUCGGCAGUUAUACGGGUAUUUCAGUGAUACUGUGCAGUAGUUGAGUACUGUUUGUUAAAUGAACCACAAGUGUAACAAACAUCAAUCUUGUGUGAUGUAUUUUAAGUUAACAGCAAUAAUUUUGAGUUGCUUAGUGUUCUGGACCAAUGCCCAGUCAGCACCUAAAGCCGAGUACUGGAAGCUGGACGAUGUGGUGAACUAUUUUUCAAAUGGCUCCAUCAACGUCAACUCUCUGAGUGCUAUGUUCUCUGACCUGACCAAGAGAGCUACCGGCGAAAUGGACAGGCUCUACCACCAGCUGGAGGGGGUGUUGGAACAAGCUCCUGUGGCCACUAAACUCGACCCCUCGGUCAUAAACGAGAACUGUACAUGUUACUGCCGCUGUCCUCAUAGCCACGGCUCCGUCAGCACUAAGGUUGUGAACAAUAUCAAGGAUAAGGUCAUGGACCUCAAAAGCAAAUUUGAGAAUGUUAGACAAUCCAUAAUAGACAAAUUCCACGUCCAGACAAAAUCGCCAGUCAACUGAGAAAGGAAAAUAACAUUUGAAUUAUUAUCCCUAAAAUUAUUUAUUCAAAUAAUAGCUCGAAUCAUUUUAUCUUUUUCUCCAUGUUAUAAGUCGUAAUAUUUUGUCUAUUUAAUGCACCAACUGAAAAAUGUAGACUUGUGUUACUUAUAAAUCAAUUAUCAUUUCGUAAAUCUUCUGACUCUGAUAUUUACUGCAAUACUUUAAUUUAUUAAAAAACAUUUUAGAGUUUAAACAUUCUAUGUCAUCGAUUCCCUCAUAUGUUGCUUAAAAAUAAUGACAUACAGAACAAUAAACAGUAGAAUGAUAUGGAUGAAAUAAAUUACCAAUUGAAGAAACGACAAAAGGUAUAGUUACUGUCAGUAGUGUGUCACAUUCAAGAAUAUUUUCAUUACUCUUGAAAGAUGUAGACACUAAAAGUAUAUUGGUCUACGUAUAUUGGACCACUCUUGUUGCCAUACUAAGAUAUAGUGUAUAUGCAGAUCACCUGAUUCAGCAUAAUAGUUCAGGAGCUUAGAACCAAUUUGCAUUGUAUAAGCACUCAACCUGGAUUUUCUUGAAAUCGAAAAAGAAUAUUUCAAAUAAAAGAACGAUCAUCAGCCCCACUAGUUUAGAUGGAGGUCGAUAUGGUAGAUGAUAAAAAUAUUAAAUUAUAAUAUUUUUCCUCAGA